AGUGUUGCUUAUCGUCGCAUAGCCCAAAGUGGUAGUUUUUCUUUUUCCGUGUCAAUUUUUAAGUGAAAAUUUAGCGAAAGUUUACUGAAUAAAAGUUAUAAUCGACAGAAAGGACCUUUAAAUAUAGCCAGCCAUGUCCCUGUUAAAUAACGAUGACAGCAUUCCUAAUAUGGAUGAAGAUCCGCAGGUGGUUAUUCAGGACGACGAACCCUCGGCGACGGGGCACAUGCCCAAUGGAAGAUCGAUGGACUCACUGCGCUCCUCCUUCACCAACAGGAGCUCCACGCCGGACUCUUCGCACAAUUCACUGGAGGCCAUGGAAAUGGCACAGGACGAUAGGGAGGAAAAGGCCCGGCUUAUCACGCAGGUCCUGGAACUCCAAAAUACCCUAGAUGAUCUGUCGCAACGAGUCGAUUCCGUCAAGGAGGAGAAUCUCAAGCUACGCUCUGAAAACCAAGUGCUGGGCCAGUACAUCGAGAACCUGAUGUCUGCGUCCUCGGUGUUCCAGUCCACGAGUCCCAAUGCCGCGAAGAAGAAGUAGUCCUCCGUGCUCCGGAAGUGGAAACCAAAAACCAUCUCAAAUAUGCCUUCUCGUUCACGCUAGAGCUACAUAUAUUUUAAUCUUAAACAAUCGAAAUUAAGCUAUUGCAAUGUUGUUUCCGUUGCCCAAACGUCGAAUUUGUCUUUAUUUAGGCUUAAGCUUAUGGCGCGCUAUGUAUUUUAUACAUUACAUAAAAGUAAUUUAUUUAUAUAGAUAAUUAAUAAAUCAAUACCACCCCCUCGCAA